GUCAGCGCAGGAAGAGCCGGCGGAAACGCGCCGCUGCGGCCCUGCUGCUGCCGCUGCGUCCCGCGGGCGGGGGCGGCCGCCGGAGCCUGGGCUCGAGACCCGGCCGCGCCUGGCUCGUCCCGCGGGCAGCCAGAGGCAUUCACCGCAAUGAGCCGGCCUCCCCUGCAAAUCCAGACGUGUGGCCCCUGGGAGAUGAAGGAAAGGCUUGGGACGGGGGGAUUUGGAAAUGUCCUCAGAUGGCACAACAAGGAAACAGGGGAGCAGAUUGCUAUUAAACAGUGUCGUCAGGAGCUAAGUCUCCGAAAUCGAGAGAGAUGGUGUCUGGAAAUACAGAUAAUGAAAAGACUGAAUCAUCCCAAUGUGGUGGCUGCCCGCGAUGUCCCCGAAGGGAUGCAGAACCUUGCACCCACUGACUUGCCUCUGCUGGCCAUGGAAUACUGCCAGGGUGGAGACCUUCGCAAGUACUUGAACCAGUUUGAGAACUGCUGUGGCUUACUGGAGGGAGCUAUUCUCAUCCUGCUCUCCGAUAUUGCCUCUGCUCUCAGGUACCUUCAUGAGAACAGGAUCAUCCACAGAGACCUGAAACCUGAGAACAUUGUCCUACAGCAAGGAGAACAAAGGUUAAUACACAAGAUCAUUGACCUGGGGUAUGCUAAGGAGCUGGAUCAGGGCAGUCUGUGCACUUCCUUCGUUGGGACACUGCAGUACCUGGCUCCAGAGCUGCUGGAACAGCAGAAGUACACGGUGACAGUGGAUUACUGGAGCUUUGGCACACUGGCAUUUGAAUGCAUAACAGGUUUCAGACCAUUUCUGCCCAACUGGCAGCCUGUGCAAUGGCACACAAAAGUGCGACAGAAGAGCGAGUUGGAUAUUGUUGUCUAUGAAGACUUGGCUGGAGAAGUGAAAUUUUCUAGCAGUUUACCAUAUCCCAAUAACCUAAACAGCAUUUUGGCUGGGCGGCUGGAGAAAUGGCUGCAGCUCAUGUUAAUGUGGCACCCACGGCAGAGAGGGACAGACCCUGUUUAUGGACCCAAUGGCUGUUUCAAGGCAUUGGAUGAUAUUCUGAACCUAAAGCUGGUUCGCGUCCUAAACAUGGUUACUGGCACUCUGCACAUGUACCCUGUGACAGAAGAGGAAACCUUGCAGACUGUGAAGGCCAGGAUUCAGUCAGAUACUGGUAUUCCAGAACAGGAGCAGGAGCUCUUGCAGGAGGCGGGGCUUGCACUAUACCCUCAAAAAUUGGCUAUUCAGUGCAUGGCUGACAGCAAGGUGAAUGAUGCUACGGCCACAGACACAGACCUCCUCUUCCUCUUUGACAACCGUAAAGCUGCCUAUGAGAGGCAGCUCUUCCUGCGGCCCCAUCCAGAAAGUGUUGACUGCAUCCUUCAGGAUCCAAAGAAGAAUCUGUCCUUCUUCCAGCUACGGAAGGUGUGGGGUCAGGUCUGGCACACGAUUCGGACUCUGAAGGAGGAUUGUAACCUGCUUCAGCAGGGGCAGCGAGCAGCCAUGAUGAAUCUGCUGCGUUAUAAUAGCAAUCUCUCCAAGAUGAAGAAUUCCAUGGCCUCCCUGUCCCAACAGCUGAAGGCAAAGCUGGAUUUCUUUAAAACCAGCAUCCAGAUUGACCUGGAGAAGUACAGUGAGCAGAUAGAGUUUGGAAUCACCUCUGAGAAGCUGUUGUUUGCCUGGAAGGAGAUGGAGCUGACUGUGGAGCUUUGUGGGCGGGAGGAGGAUGUGGAUCAGCUGGUGAAGAGGAUGAUGGCCCUGCAGGCAGACAUUGUGGACCUGCAGAGAAGCCCACUAGGGCGGAAGCAAGGGGGCACCCUGGAGGAUCUGGAAGAACAAGCCAGAGAACUUUACCGGCGACUGAGGGAGAAGCCAAGAGACCAGAGGACCAGUGGUGACAGCCAGGAAAUAGUGCGACUGCUCCUGCAGGCAAUCCAGACAUUUGAAAAGACAGUCCGUCUAAUUUAUGCUCAGCUCAGUAAGACAGUAAUUUGCAAGCAGAAGGCACUGGAAUUGUUCCCCAGAGUGGAGGAAGUGAUGAACCUGAUGAAUGAAGAUGAGAACACAGUUGUCAGGCUUCAGGAAAAACGACAGAAAGAAUUAUGGAACCUGCUGAAAAUUGCUUGUAGUAAGGUGCGUGGUCCUGUCAGUGGCAGCCCAGAGAGUAUGAAUGCAUCACGGCUUAGUAACCCAGGUCAUCUGUUGUCGCAAGGCCCAGCUGUAUCUUACAAUAAAAGUGAGGAACUAUUGAUGGAAUCACAAAAUCUCUGCAGCCAGUUAGAAAGUGUGAUGCAUGACACAAUGAAGGAUCAGGACCAGAGCUUUAUGUCUCUGGACUGGAGCUGGUUGCAGCUUGAAGGGGAAAACAGAAAUAAGCCAGAACAAACCCAAAUGUAAAAGUCAAAGUCAGAGCUCAAGCCAGCUGAGGAAUUGAAGCAUGACAAAGAUUACUGCACAUGAAAAUGAAACCCCCUGAACUCUAUUUAUACUGCCAUCUAGUGGUUUCACUGUGACAUGUAUUCCUAUUUUUAAGGAAAGCUGACAGCCUAAUUUUAACAAAAGUUAGGAUCACUCACUGCUGUUUUUCCCACAAAUGUACAGCAGGGGCAUAUGAAAUUUCUUUCUCACCCUAUAAAACAGCAGCUGAACAUACUUUGUCAUCUUCCACACCUGCUGUGCUACCUUUCUGAAUAGUGGGACAGUGUCUACAAGUAAUCUUGUCUGAAUACCUUUUGACUUUUAUGGGGAAAAAAAAAGCACUGAAUUUACUGAUUUGGCUAACCAUGCUGGGUUGCACUUUUUCCUCAAGUGUAAUGUCUGUACUUACCAAAUACUUGUUUCCUGUAUGGGAACGAACUACCUGAAAUAUGUAAACUUUUGGUUUGCUCUAUUUGAAUGUUAAAUAAAAUUUUAAAGGAAAAAUAUUUUUCACUACACUAUACAAGUGUGAGAAUUGGGCCCAGUCCCUUAACUAGUGAACAAUAAAAACCACACCUCACUGA